AUGCCGACAAACGAACCAGAGAGCACCGAUGUUGUAAACACCGAAGUGCCUGCGGAAACAGAAAAUCAGGACGAUUGCGCUGAGACCUUCUCCUACUCUUCCGCGGAACUAGAAAAUAUUUCAAUAACCUUUCCUCUGAAUGUGCUGGUGGAUGGACAAGACUUUACGCACCAUCAUAUCUGUCUUUCUUCCCCAGGAAUUCCCACAGUCCUUGAUGGUGUGGUGUACAUCCACACCCUUGUUCCAGUUGAUGUGUUAGCUGAGAAACCUAUUCCGCUUGAAUCAAUUCCGUGGCCGGCUGCGAAAGGGAUUCCGUACUUAUCGAUCGAAGCAGCACACACAAGAGGAAGGCUCGAAUUUGGGGUUGUCGCAUCUCGCAUCUCUCCCAGCCAGUGGGACUUCAUAGCAUGUUCAGAUUGCCUGGUGACAGCGGUUGCACUCUGUGAGACAAAGCGUUCGCAGUUAGCAACUGCUAGCGCGUUUCAGAGCGAAAGGCAGUCAGGCUGCAAUACUAAUUCGUCUCCCGAUGAGGCAACUGCCUUGUUAAACAACCCACAGAAAACCGUGGAAAACGCCUGCGGAGAAGAACAGACUUCUGCAGGAACUCUUAAACCAUCUAGCAGAGAUCACGGGCUCACUGGCAAGAACUCUUCCGUUGUGGUGCCAGAUGUAGACUACCUCAUGGAAACAGUAGUGCCUGUUCUGUACCCUGCACUGGAAAUUGUCGCAAGAGAGCGACCUGAUGACCCACUGGCCGCCAUCGCAUUCUACUUACUGAGGAACUCUUCUGGAUACUCGAGUACCGCUACUGACGCUGAAAGAGCCGGGAGAGCUUGA